UCAGGUAUCCGAAGUCAUGAGGGCGAUAACGCUUGCUGCGGCCAUUUUGGCCAUCAUGUCCGACAGUCUCGCCAACGCGAGAAGUGUCGAGUACGAUGGUACCCUCGUAAUGGUUCAUACGCUUUUCAGGCACGGCGAUCGCACCCCUGACGACGGCGGAUACGAAAGUAAUCCUUAUAACGACGAACAGUUCUACGAACCGUUGGGCUGGGGACAACUGACCAACGAAGGCAAAAGGAGAGAAUACCGCAUCGGUACCACCUUGCGGCAGAGGUACAACGACUUCCUUGGCGAUGUCUACGACGUGACUCUGUUGGAUGCACGAACCACCAACGUAAACAGAACGAAAAUGUCAGUGGAGCUGAUGUUGGCCGGUCUGUUUCCCCCUAAAGACGACCAAAUCUGGUUACCCUGGCUUCAAUGGCAACCGAUCCCAUACAAUUAUUUAACGUUGGACAGGGAACUCCAAUCUGUUUGGUUAUGUCGUAAUUAUGAAACACUCCGCAAAGAGUUGUUGGCCAGCGAUGAGAUACAAAAACUUUUUACUCCCUAUCAGUCCAUCUUUUCGUACGUCAGCAAUUAUACCGGGCUAAAUGUGACUACACCAAAUGACAUUUUUGGUUUAUACUGGGUACUAAAAACACAGCAAGAAUAUGGUUACCCGUUAGAAGAUUGGACCAAAGAAGUUUUCCCGGAAGCUUUUGAGACGAUUGUCAAAGACGUAUACUAUUUAGCAACCAACACUACCGCUCUCAGAAAAAUUGCCGGAGGAUUUUUGCUGAGAAAAAUAUUGGAGGACUCUAGAGGGAAAAUCGAUGGAACGUUGAUUCCCCCGUCGAGGAAGUUAUUCAUCUAUUCCGCCCACGAGAUGAACGUCGCUACUUUCCUUGGCACUUUAGGAAUCUACCCGGGCGACAUCCCCGAAUACGGCUCUCACGUGCUAGUAGAGCUGCACAAAAUUAACGGCCAGUUUGGCUUUAAGUUCUACUACCAAAACUGGCAGCAAAGCGAUCCCCAGUUGAUGAUCAUCCCUGGCUGCGAAUCCUUUUGUAAGAUGGAACUGUUCGAGGAACUUGUCGCGGAACUGGUUCCUUCCGACGAUGACUGUGAAACUGCUUAGUUAUUGAUAAUAAUAAAUGAAUCUGUUCGAGUUGGCAAUAUUUUAUUGCAAUUAACAAUUAAGAAUUGAAGUUUCUGAAAAGGCUUAAAUUACCAAAAUAAUAAUUGACAUUGAACCAGUCAACAGAUGUCAAAACCUUGCGUCGGAGAAGCCGGAAAUUGGAAUAAUACAUAUUCAAGUUUUCAAAGUUUUCUUACUUCAGAGACUAGUAACCUGCGAGUUCUAUACUGCUAUGCAUGACUUUAAUUAAAAACUUAUUCUCUUAAUCGUAUGGAAGCACUUAAGAAGGUGUGUUUUCAUUUAGCCCUAUCUCAAAAGGAAAUCCUUAUUCCAUAAAAAAAAUGAAUCCAGAAGAAAAGAACUGAUUCCGUAACAUCGACACCAUUUCCAUUAGCGGCUAGCAA